GUCUUCCCGGCCCCGCAUUCGCCGCCGAGUGACGCGUGGGCGAGCGCUCCGCUGCUGCGAGCCAACCCUCCGGUCCUCCUGCGCGGGUCAGAUUUAGCUGCAAGCAUUAUGACUCCAUAGCAACGGACAAUUCUUUGAAUCUCCAGAGAGAUUAUAUACUUCUUCUGUAACUAAGAUUUCAAUUCCCAGUGGUGUUGACAUAAGAGAUGGAUGCAUAUUCCAUUGGUUGUGCUCAGCUCCCGAAGCUUAGGUUUUUGUCUGCUGUUUUAUCAUGUCCUUUCAGUGACUGCGGUGUGGCAUAUGCCAGGAUUGAGAAAGAGCAGUGACAGGUGACCCAAUGAAAACAAAAUGAAAGGCACUAAGAAAAGUCCUACAGCAGAGUGCCUGUACCUGGAGUUCUCUCACCAAGCAGAGGGAUGCAUCUUUCCUCUCCAUACGUCUGUAACUCUGUUCUUAUUGUCCUACUGUGACUGCGAGGUCUUUAAUGUUUGCUUGGUCCUUACCGAGGAAAAUGCAGACGCUUCUCUCCCCAGAGAGGCACUGCCCCAGGAUCUGGACAUACACGUUAUUUCAAGGCAGGCGCUCCCACCCAUAGUCCAGAAUUGCUGUUUGCCGGCAGUGGUGGAACAACCAGACGUUUUCUGUAGAGCAGGACUUGCUGUUGUCCUCAGACACAUAAUCCAGAAAUCCUAUGAAGCUGAGCCCUCGAGAAAGGAGAUUUUGGAACUUCUGGGUUUUAAAAAGACUUGUUUGAAAGCCUGUGCUGAAGUUAGUCAGUGGACCAGGCUGUGUGAACUCACCAUCCCUUUGGCUGUGGAGAAUUUUCUCAAAAAGUCUUCUGACCAGCCCCCAACUAUUCCUGAAGAAAUCCUACAGCUUGAGAGAAAACUCAGCGAGCCUGUCAGAGUACACAAUGAUGACAAACUCCGCAGACAGAAGCUGAAGCAACAGAAGACUGCUAAGGGGAAAGCAAAGAGCCAGACCGAUGCACAGCAACCAUCCAAAGAGUUGGCUGGCUCAUCCAAGAGUCUAGAACUGGAGGUGGCAUUCUCAAAGCUCACAGUGCAGGAUCCAGCUGCUGCCAAGAAGGAGCCUUCUCACAUCAGGAAAGCAAAAGCCUCUGACCUUCCGCCUCUGGAGCACGUGUUUGCAGAAGGACUGUACUUCACUUUGGCAGACAUUGUACUCUUGCCCUGUGUUCAUCAUUUUUUGGUAAUUCUCUGCAGGGAAUUUUCUGAGAAGCUGCAACAGUUUCCUCUGCUGGCUUCUUGGUACCAGCGGAUUCAGGAAGUGCCCAAAGUGAAAACGGCAGCCUCUAAGUGUGGGAUCCACUUUCUGUAUUUACCAGAGUUGCUGAAUUCUGAAAGUAGGACGCACCUGAACUCCACUGAAGCGGCAGCUGGAGAGGAACCAAACGACCCUUCGUUUACAGGAGGACCAAGACCAACCAUGACCAAGUUAAUGGAAAAAGGCAUUGAAGCGAUCUUUUCUCCGCACCCCUGUCCUUCCUGGACCCUUGACUGGAAAAACCUUCCUGCUGCUGUCAGCCCAAAGGAAGGCAAAAUGUCCACCGACCGAGCUUUGAGGAAGCAGCAACAGUUGAAUAACCUUGCUUACGUGGUGCUAAAUCAAGCCAAACCUGGUGACAGAAUUGUGGAUUUCUGCAGUGGCGGGGGCCACGUUGGAAUUGUUCUUGCACAUAUGCUGCCCUCUUGCCAGGUUAUAUUAAUAGAAAACAAGGAAUUAUCACUAAUCCGUGCUAAGAAGAGAAGUGACGAACUAGGUUUAAACAACAUUUGGUUCAUUCAAGCAAAUAUGGAGUAUUUUACAGGAAUGUUUAACAUUGGGGUGGCGCUGCAUGCCUGUGGAGUGGCAACAGAUAUGGUGAUUGAGCACUGCAUCCAAAUGCGGGCUUCCUUCAUCACGUGCCCGUGCUGUUACGGCUUCAUUCAGAACACAUCCAAGUUUAAUUUCCCCAAAAGUGAAAAAUUCAAGGAAACUUUAUCAUACAAGGAACACAUGAUUCUGUGCAGAUUUGCAGAUCAGACAGCUGUGCAGCUCCCACCCCAGAGAAGACUCAUAGGGAAGCAGUGCAUGUGCCUGGUGGAUAUGGACCGUGCAACCUCAGCAGAAGAACAUGGCUACUCUGUUCAAGUGAUAUCUAUGGAGCCAGAGGGCUGCUCUCCCAAAAACAACAUGAUCGUGGGCAUCCCCAUUUAGAAUGAAGCACUCACUCUUACGUUUUGCCACUGGCUUCCUGAUGAAAGCCCAGGGCAUGCAGGGAGUUCUUGGUGUGCUGCCGGAGCAUCUCAAGCCUGUCCAAAGUUACAGGGAAUCUUGGAAGAAGGACACUUACUGUGUAUGCAAAAGGAUGAUUGGCUUCCUAGAGGGAAUCCCCUGAAGCCUCAGCUGCCAAAAGAAUUAUUCUCACUGGCCAGGUUUCCAUCAGCAGAACAAUUUCCUCACACAUCUGCCUGAUUGGAUAGUCAAUCCAAGUUAUGUCCUCGAAGCCUUCAUUUUAUAGUCUUCAGAUAUUCACACAUGAUGAUCAAAACUAAACUCAAAGGUGGUUGUACUUUUUAUAGUUUUAAAAAACAAUGUACCUUUUCUAUAGUUUAUUUUUUUUAAACCUAGAAUGGUAAAUGUGGUAUGACUUUUUAAAUCUGAGGUUGGUUGAAAUUGUGUAUCAUGGAGUAUACUCCUUUCAAUUAUAUGCCCAUAAAUUAUCAAAUAAGAUUAUUGCUGGUUUAAACACUUCAUGUGAAAAUUUGUAAGUCAACUGCAUUAAAGUGCACUUAUAAAAGUAAAAUUCAGAUAUAAAUUUUCA